CACCAAAGAAGAAGAAGCAGCAGCGGAACCAACAGCAAACAGAGCGAGUGUUUCUGUGAACGGCCUCAUUAACACGUUCCUGCGGGUUCCACAGGGUUCUGCUGCGGGGAACCAGCUGCGGGUUCCACAGGGUUCUGCUGCGGGGAACCAGCUGCGGGGAACCAAUUCACAACAUCUGACCAUCCGCUCCGCCGCCAGCUGCUAGCGGGCUCAUGCUAACGGGCUCAUGCUAACGGGCUCAUGCUAACAGGCUCAUGCUAACGGGCUCAGGCUAACAGGCUCAGGCUAACAGGCUCAGGCUAACGGGCUCAGGCUAACAGGCUCAGGCUAACGGGCUCAGGCUAACGGGCUCAGGCUAACAGGCUCAUGCUAACAGGCUCAUGCUAGCCUCCUCUCAGGUUAUGGGGAUUACCUGCGCUGCUGCUCGCUGACAGGUGAGCAGGUCCCUGUCCAGCAGCUGCAGGUGUUAGACUGACGUAAUGUUCCUGUUUGCAGCCUGAAAAACCAAAAAAACAGCUUUAGCCUGCAGCUGCUGGUUGAGUUGCUCAGGUCAUUAAAGCCUCGGAGCUCCUGAACUGGACACAGUUUGUAAUUAUUAACCUGAAAGGCGGUUUGCUGUUUAAACGGACUGAAGCUGUGAGAGGGUUAGCAUGCUAAUGUUAGCAUGCCUCCUGACACUUCCUGCUGAGGCUGCGCUCUACAGGAUGUGACAUCAUCAUGACACUGAGCAUGCUCAGUGGUCAGUACCAGGACAUCAGCCCGGUGACGCUGCAGGUGGGGGGGGCGGAGCUUGUGUCCAGGCUGUACUGCGGCUCGGUGGACGGGCUCCUGGUGGAGGCCUUCCUGGUGGAGGUGUACCGCUGCCGGCUGUGCCGCUUCACCUGCGGCCUGAAGAGCCGCAUCAGCAGCCACCUGCUGGAGAGCCACGCCCCCGGCCCGGAGAGCCACGCCCCCCGACCGGAGAGCCGCGCCCCCAGCCCGGAGAGCCACACCCCCCGAUCGGAGAGCCGCGCCCCCGGCCCGGAAAGCCCCCUCCCCCUCCUGGAGGCCGACAGCCCGGGGCGGUUGGAGGGCGGGGGGGGCGGCGGCUCGCCGUACGCGCUGGAGGCGGAGCACGGCGAGGAGGACGAGGACUCGAUGGAGCGCAUGCCCUUCCUGCUGCACAUGUACGGCAUGCUGAGCCCGCGCUGCUGCGACGACGGCCUGACCCCCCCGCCCGCCAGCCUGCAGGUGGGCCACACCUGUGAGGUGAGCACGCUGUUUGAGGAGGAGGACGACGAGUCGGCCAUCUUCCCUCUGAAGGCGGGCUCGGUGGAUCUGUCCUGCCCCAUGGCGCCCCCCGCCACCCAGGAGGAGCUGGCGCAGUCCGCCCACCUCAUGACGCUGGGACUGUGUCGUAUCUCCGCCCCCAGGCCCCCGGCGCCGGCUCCGCCCGCCUCCCGCCUCCCGCCGCCCGACUCGCCCUCGCCGCCGUCCGACGAGCCGAAGGGGACGGGGGGGGCGAGCGGAGGGCGGGAGGGCCUGGCGUGCUUCCUGUGCCCUUUGACCCUGCCCUCCAGGCGGCGGCUGCAGGCGCACGUCAGGUCGCACCGAGCCGACGGCGGCUUCGGCUGCCCGCACUGCGGCUGGACGGCCGGAGGCUGGGCCGACAUGGAGCCACACUGGAGGAGCCACUGCAGGAGGAGGAGGAGGAGGAGGAGGAGGAGGAGGAGAGAGCUGCAGCCGGAGGAGGAGGGGGAGGAGGAGGGCAGUGGUGAGCGGCGGCGUGGCGAGCACACAGAAGCUGAGCGCCUCUCCUCAGGCAGAGCCCGGCGGGACAGAGCCACGGACCGGCCCCCCCCCGCCCGCCCACACAGUGACUCCAGCAGAGUGGGGGGGGCAGCUCACCUGACCAGGGGCAGAGGGAGGAAGAGGAGCAGAGCAAGAAAGGAAGAAGAAGAAGAAGAGGAGGAGGAGGAGGAGGAGAAGGAGAAGGAGGGCAAAGAGGCCAGAGAGAAGACUGACCUCUGCUGCUCACUGUGCCACAGGAGCUUCUCCACCAAGCUGACGCUGCGUCGCCACAUGGGGAUCCACCAGGGACAGAAACCCUACGACUGCCCGCACUGCCCCUACAGCACCAGGCUGAAGGCCUCGCUGGUGCAGCACCUCCGGGUCCACACCGGGGAGAAACCCUACAGAUGUUCUCAGUGUUCAUAUGCCUCCAUCGACAGCAGCUCACUACGCCGACACUCCCGCACGCACACACAGGAGAAACCCUACCGCUGCCAGUACUGCUCCUACAGCAGUAUUCAGAAGAAAAGUUUGGACCUCCAUGCCCGCCGGCACCACACCGGCGAGGCGUUUCCAUGCCAACUGUGCCAGUACUCCAGUCCAGACCGCCAGCUGCUGCUUCGCCACAUCCGCAAGCACCACGCCUCCUCCCAGCAUGCCGCUGGCCGCCUCCUGCAGAGGCCCGCCGCAGCUCCGGUCAGCAGCAGCAUCACCGUUUAAAACCUGAGGACUGAGGAGCCACGCCCACUUUGCUCAUCCAGGUGUCUGGGGAACGCUCAGGGCCACUCUUAGCCUUCAGGCCUCUCUGCCUUCUGAGCCACGCCCCCCCUGAGCCACGCCCCCUGGGCCACGCCCCCCUGAGCGCUCUGAUUGGACAGUUCCAUGGCAGUGGGUCAGCAUGGCCAGAGCAGCAUGCUGACAUGCAGACUGUGAAAUCUGAGCGAUGUAGCAGAACAUCCUGGUACUCUUGGCAUACUGCAUCUGACACACUGUGUAAUGGGAUGUACUCAUUCUUUUUCCUGCAUACUAGAUAGUAUGGUAGUAUGGGGACUGGAACACAGGGCCAGUGUUUUCCUCCAGCCCCUCCUCCCAGGCAUGAUGGGAAAUGUCACUGCAGCCUACACCCCUAGCCUGCCUUACUGUGUGUGUGUGUGUGUGUGUGUGUGUGUGUGUGUGUGUUUGUAUAAUAUUUUGUUACCACUUUUAAUUUUAAUAAAACCUUUUUACAGUA